AUACACAUCGGUUUUUUUCCCCCCAUUUCUCCUUUUUUUUGUACACCAUUUUCCCGAACUGCUUUUUGUAUUAUUGGCAACCAUGCCUUCUUUUUCCGGCAAUGAGCUGACGAAUGAGCAGAUCGAGGAACUGCGGGAUGCCUUUGAAAGGUAUGAUCUGGACUCGAAUGGCACUUUAUCAGCCAAGGAUGUGCGUCUGGCCCUGAUUUCAGUGGGCUACGAAAUCACCGAGGCGGAGCUGUACGAUCUCAUUCACUCGGUGGCCGUGGGUGAUGAGCAGGAACUGGAUUUGCAAAACUUUAUGCGGAUGAUGGCGCCCCGAAUGGCCCAUGUGGAUAGUGAUCAAACCCUGAUGCGCACCUUCAGCAUCAUUGACCGCGAUCGUGAUGGCUACGUCUCCGUCCAGGACCUGCGUGCCAUCAUGGUCGUCCUGGGCGAAGUCGUAACCGAUGAGGACAUUAAGGAUAUCUACCGAGCAGUCGACAUGGAUAACGAUGGGCGCAUAAACCUGCGCGAUUUUAUAGGCUUCAUGCAUAGUCCGCUUUGAACUGAGACCGCCAUCAAAAUGUAAUAUAUAUUACAUUUUCAUAAAAAGUAAGCGCAAUGAAAUGUGUAUCGCC